CCUAGCAGACGACCGGCGGACGCCCGAAAAGCUCGCCCUCGAAGUGAAAUCGAUCGCGGCCAACAUGCCGGCGCCGCAAAGCGGACGACGACAGCGGUCGCUCGCAAAGCCACGAUUCUCAGCCGAACCGCAUCCAAGUCCGAAACGGCAAUCAAAGCUACCACCGCCGCCAUUUUGAUUACAUCGCCGCCUCGAACCGGCACUCUCGGAGGCAGUCCCGCUGUCAGCCGCAGCCAACACGGCGGCAGCGCUAGGCGUAGCUGCUUCGACGUUCGCUGAUGGCCUUUGGCGAUGAGGCGUCCUGAGCAGCGUCGGGCCAGGCUCCUCCCACCAGCCGGCAGCGGCCCAUGCCGACCUCCUCGUCGUGUUCGCUGGCCCUGCCGCUGCUGCAGACGGCCGACGAAGAGCACGAUGGCUACUCCGCCACCGCCGUGGACGGCAAGCCGUACGCCAACGGAGCAGCCGGCGAUGACGAAGAUGAAGACGGCUCCUCCUCUGGUCACUCGUGGGAACUGUACAAAGGCCUGGCCUUCUCCUCGCUGUCCAGCUUCUUCUUCUCCAUCUGCACCGUCAUUGUCAAGAGACUCAAUUACAUCUCGGCGGCCGAGCUGGCCGUGGUGCGCUUCCUGGGCAUCCUGGUGUUCACGGCGCCGCUGGUGGUGCUGAGCCGCGAGUCGCCGCUCGGGCCGCGGGGCGUGCGCCGGCUGCUGGUGCUGCGCGGACUGCUGGGCGCCACCAGCCUGUUCCUGCGCUUCUACGCCAUCCACUACAUGCCCAUCGCCGACGCGUCCGUCAUCAUAUUCAGCGUGCCCGUGUUCGUGUCGGCGCUGGCCAAGCUCUUCCUCAAGGAACCGUGCGGCUUCUUCCACGUGGCCGCCGUGCUGGUCACCCUGGCGGGCCUCGCGCUCAUCACCAAGGUGCCGCUGCUGUUCGGCGGCGCCGAGCAGGGCCCCGUGCAGACACGCGGCGUGCUCGCCGCACUCUCGUCAACCGUGUUCGGGGCCAGCGUCUACAUCGUGGUGCGCAAGGUCAAGGGCGUCCACCACUCGGUGAUCAUGUUCAACUUCGGCUGGGUCGCCAUCCUGGAGACGGCCACCAUCUCUCUGCUGACCGUCGGUCAGUUGGAGCUGCCCCACUGCGGCAUCGAUCGCUGGCUCCUCGUGGUGCUUGGAGCGUUCAGCUUCGCCGGCCAGGUGCUGCUCACGCGGGCCCUUCAGCUCGAGCAGGCGGGCCCCGUGUCCGUGGUCCGGUCGGCAGCCGACAUCGUGUUCGUGUUCGUCUGGCAGGUGGCGUUCUUCGGCGAGGUGCCCGACCGGUACACCAUGUCUGGUGCCGUGCUCGUCACCGCCUGUGUGCUCCUCACGGGCCUACGCAAGUGGGCGCUCACUCUGCCCGAGAGCUCGGCCGUCAGGGCCAGGCUCGCCUGGCUCAUCUCUUGACCGCCAUCCAGCGCGGCUGUCGGCGCUUUGCUUCGCAACACUGACUGAAGAGCACGCACGCUAAAGAACGCUUCGUGGUGGCGCCGCGAGUAUCGGAAGCUUAUUCCGUGUCGCCACCGUGAAAACCGACGGCAUUGUGUGCCAUGAGGCAGAUAUGAAGUUAUCAUUUGCAGCGAUUUCAGACCGCUUGCAGUUGGCGGUGGUGCAAUGAUUCACUUAGACCACACACAGGUUUCCAAAAGAAUGCGAAAACACCAGUGACUCUACAGAAUAUCAGCGUCACCCACGAGCGGCGAAGGCCCAACACGCGAUCGCUGCCUGUCGAUCUCCCACGAAUGCAGAUUGUGCGUAGUGCUUUGCAUGCAUGCACAAGGGCGAACACGAGAUUGUGGUCCUAGUGCUGAAACUGCGCACCAGAGUCAGAUUUGGACACAUGCAGGCGCUGCUUAGGAAGUGCAUCGUUUUGUUUGCUGCAUGCUCGCCGUUAUCGAGAGAAGCUGUGCCACGCAGGGUGUUUCCGACGGGAUGGAGCUGUGCAUGUUUUCACCUCAUUAUGCGCACGCAAGGUGUAGGUGCACUUGCGCAUGGCGUGGGUGCUACACAAUUAAAGGCUACGUUUUGUUGUUUCUCAAAGUCCUCUAGAGAAGACCGAUGCUCCUCAGCGCUUUACAAAGAAAUUGGACGCGUAAAGCUAGUGUGCUGCGGCACAGCUAAUCAACAUGUGCUAGCAACGUUGUCAUCUAGUGCGCCGGAUUCGUGAGGCCGCGAAGGGCAGAGCAGCGAGCACCAUAGGCAAGCACCAAGUAAAUACACAGAAGUGUUUCUUUUUCUGGCUAUAGCUGCCAUCGCAUCUUCAUGUCAACAUCAGGGCUGAAUGUAUUUGGGGGCAUUUGCCACCUUCAGCUGCCACGGUGUUUCUAGGACUCUCGUGGUGCAUGAAAACGGAGUUUCUUGACGCUCCCUGGAUCACACCGCGAACAGCUAAGUACGAAUGUUCGUGUAUUGGAACAACGUUAGGCGCGAGUGCCAUGAAGUGGCUAUAGGACAGGACUUGACGAACCUCUGUUACGUCUGUCGCCAGUGUGCAAUGCGGGCAUGUGUACUUGAGUAAUUUGUUGCGUGGCGUGCGCAAAAGUUACAUGCGCAACCGGGUUGAAGAAAUGGACCCUGCACGAUGUUCCUCACUCUCGUGGACGAUUGACCUACGCGCUUUCGCCUCCUGUAGUCAGCGCCCGACAUAUCGUGCUUGUACGUUCCGUACACAUCUAGCUGUGAUAAUAAUUUUGAGAAUAUAUGCUCGUGUCUACGCAUGAGAGCAAAAUAAAGAAAUAUUGAUGCUUGUUAGAAA